CACCCACUGAAGCCAAGGCACGUGAAACUGCUGUCCACUAAAAUGGGCCUGAAAGUCACGUGGGACCCACCCAAAGAUGCUACCAGUAGACCCGUGGAGCAUUACAACAUUGCCUAUGGAAAGUCACUGAAAAGUCUUAGAUACAUCAAGGUGAAUGCGGAGACAUACUCCUUCCUUAUUGACGACGUGGAGCCGGGGGUAGUGUACUUUGUGCUGGUUACUGCAGAGAACCACAGUGGAGUGAGCCGACCAGUUUACAGAGCUGAGAGCCUGCCUGGAGGUGAAUGGAUCAAGAUUGAUGGACCCUCCAUUAAGGGUCCAGCAUCAUUUAAUGAAACCGUCACAGAGAAGGAAGCGCCCAACAAGCCCCUACGUGUGCGCGUCCGGUCCUCGGACGACAGGCUGUCUGUGGCGUGGAAGGCGCCGCGCCUGUCUGGAGCCAAGAGUCCACGCAGAUCUCGGGGUUUUCUUCUGGGCUACGGGGAGAGUGGCCGGAAGAUGAAUUAUGUUCCACUGACCAGAGACGAGCGGACACACGAAAUCAAGAAGCUCGCCUCGGAAUCCGUGUACGUGGUCUCCCUGCAGUCCAUGAACUCCCAGGGCCGGAGUCAGCCAGUCUAUAGGGCUGCCCUCACGAAGCGCAAGAUCUCAGAAGAGGACGAGCUGGAUGUGCCCAAAGACAUCAGUGUCCGAGUCAUGUCAUCCCAGUCGGUGCUUGUGGCCUGGGUGGAUCCUCUCUUGGAAAAGCAGAAGAAAGUUGUUGCAUCAAGACAGUACACCGUGCGCUAUCGAGAGAAGGGGGAAUCGGCCAGGUGGGAUUACAAGCAGAUCGCCAACAGGCGCGUGCUGAUCGAGAGCCUGAUCCCAGAUACCGUGUAUGAAUUUGCAGUCCGUAUCUCCCAGGGUGAAAGAGAUGGCAAAUGGAGUACAUCUGUCUUCCAAAGAACACCGGAAUCUGCUCCGACCACUGCUCCUGAAAACCUGAAUGUGUGGCCUGUGAAUGGCAAACCUACAGUUGUCACCGUGUCCUGGGAUGCGCUGCCGGAGACUGAGGGAAGAGUGAAAGAAUACAUUCUUUCAUACGCCCCGGCUCUCAAACCAUUUGGAGCAAAGUCCCUCACCUACCCUGGACACACUACUUCUGCCCUGGUGGACGGUCUGCAGCCUGGGGAACGCUAUCUGUUCAAAAUCCGGGCGGCAAACAGGAGAGGCCCGGGGCCACACUCCAAAGCCUUCAUUGUCACUAUGCCAACAACCAGCACUAGUGAGUCUGAUGUUCAGCAGAACACCAACGAUAACUGGAAACCCAAGAAACCGGAGCCUUCCUCACCUUCUCCCAAAGAUCCAGGCAGAAAUGUCAAGGACCCUCUCCUUGACUUGAAGAACAAAAUACUGGCCAAUGGCGGGCCGCCCAGAAAACCCCAGCUCCGCCCUUGGAAGACUGAAGAGUCAGAUCGGCAGUCCACGGAGGUCACCGAUGAGGAGGAGCUGGAUUCCCUGGAAAACCCACCCAAGUUGCCUUCAGAGACCCAAGACCAGAGGCGAGCCCUAAGGCCACCAAGUAGAUCUGGCCAGUGGCUUCCAGGCAGGACUCCAGCCAGAGCCCGAAUGCCACUGCUGCCCCGGAGGGAAGGCUUAGAUAAGCGUGGCCCCUCAUUGGCCACCCAUCCUCGCCCAGCAGCUACCCCCUCUGCGGAGUCCUCUCCUGGCCACCGCCAGGCCCCCCAGGGGCCCUCUCCCCACCCUGCUGGGGGACCCUCUGACAGUUCUAUUGACAAUGACUCAGUGGACCAAGAUGAGGACAAGCAAGCUGAAGGUGCUCUCUACCCCAAGGCUGCCUCACCCCAGCAGCCGCCUUCUAAGAACCCAGCCCAGGCUCGGCCGGCCCUGUUCCCCAGCCGCCAGGGGGCCUCCAGCAUCCUGAGGGACAGAAGCCCAGUACACAACGGUGCAAAACCAGUCUUCCCUGCACGAAGGACGCCCCAGUCUGGGGCCAUGGAGGAAGAUUCCAGAGCUCCAGCCCCACCCUCGAGACUUUCCCCACCCCACAGAGGCUCAUCUCGCCUACUGCCCACCCAGCCUCACCCGGGUCCCCCUCUCUCCAGGGGCUGGAAGGAUGUUAAUGGUCAGGAGUCCCCUGCCACCAAUUACCAUGCAUCCUCACAGUCUACCCUGUCUUCCUCGGUCUCUUCUCCUCUCUCUUCCAGGACACAGGUCUCUGAGGAAGUGGACACUUCUGAUGACUGGGGAGAUGGUGACCGGACCACAGAAAACACUGGGAGGCAGGCAGAGGCCACCACCCCAAGCUUGAGGGCCCGACCUGCCUCUGGACCCCUGAGUUUGCUCCGGAACAAGGCCUUUGCCUCCAAUGGCAGGUCUUCAAACAGGCUGACCAAUGGCCGGGGGCCACGGCUGCCGCCCUCUACCUCCCCGCAGUCCACCAUGGCUUCCCGAGUCCCCUCCAGGGGUCAUUCCCAGCCAGCUUCCCACUCUAGACUUGGCUCAGAUAUCCAUGGAGAUGGGGAGGAUGAGAAGCCACUUCCAGCCACUGUGGGCAACGAUCACGUGCCCUCCUCCAGGCAGCCCACCUCUCGAGGCUGGGACUCUCUAAGAAGAGACCCCCAGAGAGGAACCAGCCUGUACCGGAAGGAGCUCACCCCUGAAAUCCCCAAAUCUGCAACAGAUGCACAUCCUCAGGGCAAAUCCUCCUCUCUGUCCUCUAAGGCACAGGACGUUCAACAGAGCACGGACGUGGACGCCGACGGUCAUUCUCCCAAAACGCAGCCAGUGUCCACGGGCCGCCAACUGUCCCCUGCUCGUCCUCCCGCAGCAAGGUCGCAGCCCUACCCUGGGUCCAGUGUUCCUAGAAGGACGGCACCUGACCACGCCUAUGAAAAGCAGCCCCCUCCACCCGUCUCCCCGCCCCGGCACCAGUCCCCCAGCCCCCAGAGCCAGGACGCAGACCGGUCACUUUCCCAGCCCAAGCUCGCCCUUGCCCAUGCAGGGCGUCCUCGCCCCACAUCGCAGGGCGGCGCCCACUCCAUCUCAGACCCUUACACAGCGAGCUCCCGAGGGGUGCUGCGCCCGGCUGCCCAGGGCCAGGACGGGGACUCCCGGAACAGCUACGAGGACAACAGCACCGAAGUCGAGGCCCCGGAUGUUCAGGUCCCCCCCGACACUGCCCGCACGAAGGAUGCCACCCCGUCCCUGUCCAAGCACCGUAAGGUGGCGUCUUCCACAGGGAAAGGUGACGACAAACCCCAGCGUGGCCCCACAGGCUUCACUCUGCGACCCAGCCGGCCAGGCGGCCCCCACUCCCGCGCCCGGGCCCCUGGCAGGGCCGGGGUCCAGGCCACACCCGGGAAGAAAGAGCCUCCUUCCAAGUGGCCCUUGCAGUCCAAGUCUCAGCAGUCAGUGUCCGCCGAGGAGGAGGAGGACGAGGAAGAGGAGGACGCGGGAUUUUUAAAAGGAGGAAAGGAGGAUCCCCUGUCUCCCUCUGUUCCAAAGUGGCCUUAUUCCUCUACCCCCAGGGGCAGCAAAUAUGCGGACGGGAGCCUUGCCAAGGACAGGACUGCCAUGGUGCUGGCUCCCCGAGGAGGGAGCUCUGCGCAGGAAGAGCACGCCACUCCUGGGAAGCGACCUCCUCUCCCACCUCUGGGAAGUCCCCCCAGAGUGGCACACCUCCCCACCAGACAACCGCCUCGCGGCUCUGCCACCCUGAGUCCCGUCCUGAGCACCCAGUCCUGGCCGCGGUACACCACUCGCGCUCCUCCCAGCUACUCCUCCACCACCCCGAUGCUCUCCUUGCGCCAGCGCAUGCAGCGCAGAUUCCGCACCCCUGUCUCGCGCCAGCCUCCGAGACCUCCUCAAGUGCAAGGUUAUAAUGGCAGACCAAAAGUAGAAGAGAAAAUACUUCCUGGUAAUAAUGGGAAACCGAAUGGACAAAGAAUUAUCAAUGGCCCUCAAGGAACAAAGUGGGUCGUGGAUCUUGACCGUGGGUUAGUGUUGAAUGCGGAAGGGAGAUACCUUCAAGAUUCACAGGGAAAUCCUCUUCGGGUGAAACUGGGCGGAGAUGGUCGCACCAUCGUUGAUCUAGGUGGGACCCCCGUGGUGAGUCCUGACGGCCUCCCACUCUUCGGGCAGGGGCGACACGGCAAACCCCUGGCCAGUGCCCAGGACAAGCCCAUUUUGAGUCUUGGCGGGAAGCCGCUGGUGGGCUUGGAGGUCAUCAAAACAACCACCCGCCCUCCUACCACGACCCCACAACCCACUACCACAACUACCACUGUGCCCACCACCACCACAACACGGCCCACGACGGCUACCACCCGCCGCACGACCACCACCCGCCGCACGACCACCACCCGCCGCACCAUCACCACCACCCGCCCAAGGACCACAGUCCGAACCACUACGCAGCCCACCACCACCACCACCACCACUACCACCCCGGAACCCACCACCCCUGUCCCCACCUGUCCCCCUGGGACGCUGGAGCAGCACGAUGAGGAUGGCAACCUGAUAAUGGGCGCAAACGGGAUCCCAGAGUGCCACCCCGAGGAAGAUGAAUUCUCAGGCCUGGACACAGAAAUGCCCACAGAAGAGGCCUACGUCGUUUACGAUGAAGAUUAUGAGAUUGAGACCACAAGGCCACCGGCAACCACCCAGCCCUCGGCCACCACCCAGCCCUCGGCCACCACCCAGCCCUCGACCACCGCUGCCAUACCAAAGGUCAUCCCAGAGGAAGGCCCCAUCAGGUCCUUUCCUGAGGAAGAAUUUGAUGUGGCCGGACAGAAACGAUUUGUUGCUCCUUAUGUGACGUACCUGAGUAAAGAUCCAUCAGCCCCGUGCUCGCUGACUGAUGCUCUGGAUCAUUUCCAAGUGGAGAGCCUGGAUGAAAUUAUUCCAAACGACCUGAGGAAGAACGACCUGCCUCCUCAGCAUGCACCCCGCAACAUCACGGUGGUCGCCAUGGAAGGCUGCCACUCUUUUGUCAUCGUGGACUGGGACAAAGCCACCCCUGGAGAUGUGGUAACAGGGUACUUGGUCUACAGCGCAUCCUAUGAAGACUUCAUCAGGAACAAGUGGUCCACUCAGGCUUCCUCUGUGACUCACUUGCCCAUUGAGAACCUGAAGCCAAACACAAGGUACUACUUUAAAGUUCAAGCCAAAAAUCCUCACGGCUAUGGGCCCAUCAGCCCUUCGGUCUCUUUUGUUACAGAAUCAGAUAAUCCUCUACUUGUUGUGAGGCCACCAGGUGGUGAGCCCAUCUGGAUCCCGUUUGCUUUCAAACAUGACCCUGGCUACACCGACUGCCAUGGCCGGCAGUACGUGAAGCGGACGUGGUAUAGAAAGUUUGUGGGAGUCGUGCUCUGCAAUUCGCUGCGGUAUAAGAUCUAUCUCAGUGACAACCUGAAAGAUACAUUCUACAGCAUCGGAGAUAGCUGGGGAAGAGGCGAAGACCAUUGCCAGUUUGUGGAUUCCCACCUUGAUGGAAGAACAGGGCCUCAGUCCUAUGUAGAAGCCCUCCCUACCAUUCAAGGUUACUAUCGCCAGUAUCGCCAGGAGCCUGUCAGCUUUGGCCAAAUCGGUUUUGGAACCCCCUACUACUAUGUGGGCUGGUACGAGUGUGGGGUCUCCAUCCCAGGAAAGUGGUGA